AUGAAGGAACAGUUCGAAGAAGAUAACUUUGUUUUUGUUGAGGAAGAACAUCGCUCACCAGAAAUCAUCACCAUUGACUCGGAUUCAGAAUACAUCGCUGAUGACAAUGAUGAUGUCAUCUGUCUCGAUGACGAUGUCGUACUUCUGAAUGACGAUGACGACAAACCUCAGGUUUUGCCAAACCCUGCCAAAGAUCCGCAUCAAGCUCAGCCAGCCGCAAUAUCUGCAUCAAAAGCAGCUCAAACAUCACAGAACAUCAAAACCGCAAACUCGGGAACUUUUGUCAAUAAAACGCCUUCAAAUGAAGCUCCAUCUUUAGAACACUUGAACGACAGGCAAAUUCCUGAACUUAAAAACUACCACCACCGCCAUCGUUUUCAAUGUACAGAAGCACGUGAAGAAGCAGGCGAUGAUGAUAUGACCUGCUUGAACGACAAGAACAACGACGCUGAACAACAGUUGAAUCACCCGCCCAGUUUGCCCAUUUUCUUCUGUCGACCCUGUCUGGAUCCUUUCACCACCGUGAACGCACUUCGUUACCACCACCGAGAACAUCACCACGGUAUUAAGCCUUACCGGUGCGCCUUUCCCGACUGCACCGAACCGGGUCCUUUUUCGCGGCAGGAAACCGCCAAGAAGCACAUUGCCAGUCAGCACGGACAUCGAAAUGUACAACAAAAGUACGUGGCCGUCGAUCGUUUCUUGCUGGCUGAAGAGAAGAGAGCACUGUUUAGUUGGCUGCACAGUGAGGAACACCGACAGUGCGUGGAGGAGUACAUGAGCUGCAAGGCUGAAAAUGAAUCAGCAGCAGCAGCUGAAGUUGAAGAACUUGCGGAUGAAAGAUUUGUUAGUGGACCUUCUGGUCAGCUUCCAUCUCACACUGACUACUUGGCGAUGACUCCAGAACCACCAGAAGCUUCUGCCACCGUCGAAGAAGCCGCGACCACUAACCAGCCUUUGCCGAUGUUUGCUUAG